AUGGCUCCUCCGACUUUCGAUUGCACUUGCAAGCUACAGCCCUUCAAACAUGUUGUGAGCACGAAAAAACGGAAGGAGCAUCUCCUGGAGUUGGAAGCCUUUUUGGCGGCUGAUAAGUCCCAGAAUCAACCUGCCCCUUCAUCUAUAUCCUCUUCCGAAAUUGAUCGUCUGGUAUUAGAAACGGCGCGCGUGGCUCUUUUUGACCAUCCAACAGAGGAGUUGGAAACUCUCAAUCCAGAUCCUCUCUCUCUGAUGGGUGACUUGGAAAAGUCUGCAGUUAAAUUGAAAAAACGCAAGACACAAGUCGCUGCUCAAAAGUCUCGACAAGAUCUUCUUGCGGCCAUCUCUGUAGACAUCCAGGUCGCCAAACAGGAGUUCCAGUCUCGCAAUGAUAAAAACGACCCGUGGGUCAAAGUUCAUCGAGCGGAAGACGAAAUUGCAUGCAUCGCACUGAUCGCAGCGUCGCUUCAGAGGGUACAAACCUCGCCGCAAAAAGCAGUAGUUGCGGCACAGCUGAGCGAGCUGGAAACUCAGUUGGCAAACUUCAGAGCAGGACUAGCUCCCGAAACACAACCUUUGCGUUAUGACACAGCGUAUCUGUAUGAAGACAAUCUCAAACAUCUGCAUGAAAUUGCGCAAAUCAUGGUCAUUUUCUCUCUUGUUUGCAACACAAUACUCGGACUAGCCAGGACUCCUGUUGAUUUCAUCAUGGGCACCAUGCGGCUCAUUGUCAAACUAGCAUUUGUCUCUGUCAUGUCACGAGGAAAGGAAGGGGAGGAUGAUGAAGAUUCUGGCUAUGGAGUCGCGGCGCAGGGCAUUAUCGAUCAGCUACCCACAUCGCUGCUCGACUCAAUGAAACAACUCGAACUUGAAGGGAAGACCACCUUGUAUGCCGCUUGCCCCUCGUGUCACCAUCUCUACGCGCCGAUGGUCAGCACGGAUAAGAAGGGAAAAUGGCUCAGCAAGUGCGAGAAUGUUGUAGUUGGUGUGGACGGUCGAUCAAAGUGCAAUACAUUACUAUUGGGCAAAGAUCAUCGCCCUCUAAAGCCAUUUCUAUCGCCCUCCUUUCUCGACUAUCUCGGUCGCCUCUUGUCGAAUCCCGAAAUCGAAGAUUUCAUCGAAAAGGCAAAUCUCACCUCGAUCGCAAAUGAAUAUACCGAUUCCGUGAUGCAAGGGCAGCUUAUACAGCAGUUCAAAGGACCUAAGCAGGAUGAAUUGUUCAUCAAACAGCCCGGUUGCCUCCCUAUCGCGUUCUCAAUCAGUGUCGACUAUUUCCCUCCGCGCGGGGCCAGCAUACAUUCAUCAUCGGCAAGUAUUGGUGUGCUAAAGCUUUCUUGCUUGAACCUGCCUAUACAUCUUCGUAACGCCCCAGAAAAUGUCUACGCCAGCAUCCUUCCUGGUCCCACAUCACCAAAAGGCGCUUCAUUGAACCCAUAUCUGAAGCCUGUUAUCGAUGUUGCGUUGGCUGGUUGGGAUCGUGGCAUAUGGCUAACCAAGACGGCCAAACAUCCAAAAGGCCGUCUUUUGCGUCUGGCUCUACCUCUGUCCAUCAACGAUCUCCUUGCGGCCCGUCAACUGAGUGGACAACCAGCUCAUAAUCACACAAUUUAUUGUUCUCGUUGCAAUGCCCACCAUCGAGCGACAGUCUAUCGGACAGAUUUUAACCGUGAAUGCAAGUCUAUCGAUGAAUUACGAAAACAUGCGGCGGCUUGGCGGGAUGCUGACACGAUCGCUCAACAAAACAAAAUCUAUACGGAACAUGGAGUGCGUUGGUCGGAGUUAUUUCGACUCCCAUAUUGGAACCCAACGACUAUGCUUGUUCCUGACCCAAUGCAUACUGUGCUUGAAGGAGUAGUUCACUACCACUGCCGCCGCGUCCUUCAAAUUGACCAAGAUAUUGCCAAAAAACGGGAUUCAGCUCCAAUUGCCUUCCCGUUCGAUUGGUUUCCUCUCACCCCUGCGACAGUAGAGUCGGCACCCAAAGAUAUUGGGCCGAUGCCAGAUCGCUAUCCACUUGUAUCUCGACUUCAGCGUCUCCUUCAGCGUGAAAUCGAGGAUGUACCAGCUGACACAGAGGACAGUGACGUUGAACUCGAUGAUGAUGUUGCUCAUGAGAACGAGGAUGGGGAUGCAGACGACGGCAACGACGGGCCCAACGAAGCUGAUGAACCCAACCCACAACUCCGCAAGCAAGUCCAACGAAAUGCAUUGCUUACGGAGGACAGCCUGCGUGAGAAACUCAUGGCAAUUCCAAAAGACGCUCUAAUUUGGGUUUGCUGGACUCUGAAACUUCGCGCUGCUCGCGGAAAGCCCCCAAAACCUCCAAAACAGCCCAAAGUCAGUGAUGCUGAGUGGGCCCGUCUUAGCGACGCGGAAACUCUGACUAAUAAGUACACGCUCAAGGAAGCUUUGGUCCAACCCCUCAUGACUUGGCGAUUGAGUCAUCCCAAGCGGGACUUGAACUACGUCCCAAAGCCGAAAAUCAUAUCUGUGGACACGAUCUCGUAUAUUCAGAAAGUCAUAUCUGAGACAGAACGAGCGACUUCGGUCAUCAACUUGACCCCGAAUCCGAGGAAGACCGGCUUAUGA